AUGAGAAGCAUUUUCUUUGCUGGUGUUUUUAUCUUAUUCUGCCUCUUGGGUGAUAUUAGAGGUGUAAUUUGCAGAUUAUGCAAUCUCUCGAUCCCCUUCCACGGAUGUCUUCUAGACUUUGGAACCUGCAAAACAAAACCUGGUCAGUUUUGCGUAAAAGUGACCCACAUUAAAGGAGGCAUUGAAUGGUAUUCAACGAAAGGCUGCACAGACAGCAGAUCAGAGUGCUUCAAGAGAGUCGAGCUACCUUUUGAAAUUUACACUACUCACUGUUGCCAUCAUCCUUUGUGCAAUUUCUGA